CUGUGAAUUUAUAAAUAUAGUAACAGGUAUAAAUGAUGGAAGGCAAUGAGGUGUCUGAGAGGAAGAAGAAACACAAGGCGGAGACGACCAUGGAUCACAAACCAGAGAAUGGAUCUUCAUCUUCGUCGGUGAUCGAACACAGGGCUUAUGCUAGGGUCGGACUUCUUGGAAACCCUAGCGAUGUCUAUUACGGUCGCACCAUUUCCUUCACACUCGGUAACUUCUCGGCCUCCGUACGAUUGCAGCCCUCUCAUGAACUCGUCAUCGUCCCUCACCCCACUCACGAUCUCGUCCACUUCAACUCUCUCGAUCACCUGGUGAACCGGUUGCAAAAUGAAGGUUACUAUGGAGGUGUGCGUUUGCUUAUGGCAAUUUGUAAAGUUUUCCAUAGAUAUUGCGACGAUAACAAGAUCGACCUUCAUGAAGGAAAUUUCACUCUAUCAUAUGAUACUAAUAUCCCUCGCCAGACAGGGCUUUCUGGUUCCAGCGCUAUUGUAUGUGCUGCCCUCAGCUGCCUUCUUGACUUUUACAAAGUUAGGCAUUUGGUUAAAGUAGAGGUCAGGCCCACUCUUAUCCUUAACGCAGAGAAGGAACUUGGAAUUGUUGCUGGUCUCCAGGACAGGGUAGCACAGGUCUACGGUGGUCUUGUAUACAUGGAUUUUAGCAAGAAAUACAUGGAUGACUUCGGCCAUGGAAUAUAUACACCCAUGGAUAUUAGUCUUCUCCCACCCCUACAUCUCAUCUAUGCUGAGAAUCCAAGUGAUUCUGGGAAGGUACACAGUACAGUUCGGCAGAGGUGGCUCAAUGGGGAUAAACUUAUAGUAACAUCAAUGGAAGAAGUUGCAAAUAUAGCAUUACAAGGACAAACGGCAUUGCUUGAGAAGGACUAUGCAAAACUUGCAAGCCUGAUGAACCGUAAUUUCGACUUACGAAGAGUCAUGUUUGGAGAGGAUGUCCUUGGUGAUAUGAACAUAGAGAUGGUGGAGGUGGCCCGGCGGGUCGGGGCUGCAUCAAAAUUUACAGGUAGUGGAGGUGCUGUUGUUGCAUUCUGCCCCAAUGGGCCUUCACAAGUAAAGCUUCUGGAGGAGGCAUGUAAGGAAGCUGGUUUUGCCAUUCAACCAAUUAAAAAUACCCCGUCUUGUUUAAAUGAGGUUGAUCUCAAAACCCUAUCACCAAAAUAGGCACAUUAAUGAGUUAGGGUGUCUCUUAUUUUGUCCAUCCUCUCUCUUUUUCUCAACCUCUUCUUUGGAACCUUUGAUAUGGUGUUCUUAUUUUUCGGUAGUCAAUGAUAAGAUUUCUAGUACAUCUUUUUUGUGUAGGUCCAUAAAAGCAUGUAAUAAUAUUUUUCCUUGGUUUAUUGUGAGGAAGAGAAACUCGGUCCUGCUCAGCACAUAGUGCUUUUUCUAAUGAAGUUCAAUCCAACAAUAUUGGAUUUGAAUCAUUAGAUUCA